AUCUUUUUGAGUAAUCGAAAGUUAAAAACUCUUCUGCUAUCAAACAACAGAUUAACACGUCUCGAGCAAAAUACUUUUAAACCGCUCUAUUCUUCUCUGUUAUUCAUCGACCUUUCAAUGAACACUAUCGAUUGCAACUGUGAUCUAAGCUGGUUUCCUACCUGGCUAAGCGGACCACUUAGCCUCAUUGAGGGCGAUGACGACGACGACAAAGCCAUAUGUUCAUCGGAUUCUUUAGAGCCUUUUCGGGACGAGUAUCUAAUUGAUUUCGAUCCUAAAAAGUUCUGUAGCAUCAACAUCGCCCUCGUAUGUUUGCCUACCCUCGCCAUCAUUUGUCUGAUUUUCAUCGUCGCACUCGUAUACCACUACCGGUGGCCGCUGAGGUACAGACUGUUUCUAGUCAAACUGGCAGUUCUUGGCUACAAGGAGAUGCGAGACGCUAGGGAUCAUAAUGAUUAUGGGUUUGACUUGAAUGUCAUAUUUUACGAUGAUGACGAAGAGUGGAUUCGCGAACACCUCCGACCGGCUCUCGCAGAACGGCUUCCGCAUUUUCAGAGGAAUGUCUUUGGCGAUGCGGACCUCGUCCCGGGAAUGCAUUACUUAGAGUCUGUUGACUACGUGGUGAGUCAUAGUUACAAGACCAUCGUAGUGCUCAGCAGUGCUGCUGUGCUUGAUCACUGGUUCAUACUCAAGUUCCGUACAGCCAUGGACCACGUGAGUGACACUCUGACUGAAUUCGUUGUCGUGGUCUUUCUCGAAGACAUCCCAGAUGAUGAAAUGCCAUUCUUGGCGAGGUUGUACCUCAGUGAUGGCAGACCAUAUAUUCAUUGGGCUGAGGGCUUAAGAGGACAGGAGCAUUUCUUCGAUAAAUUGACAACAAAUCUUACCAUCAAUCUCCGGACCAACGACAGGAUCCCCAACGAGUAAUUAGAAUGUGACACAUGUUUCAAUUUAGGGAUGUUUUGCGUGUAUAGUGCACUCUCUUUUGACUGUUAUAUA